AUGGAUGUCGAAAUAAUAAUGGUGGAUGAUGAAGAGAAGGAGGAGACGAAGUCUUAUAUAGAUUCACAGCUUAACAAUUAUAUUGACAAAUUAAAUUCAAAUGAGAAUUUUAAUAAUAUUGUUAAACCAAAUACAACUGAUAGUUACGAGUGGAUAAAUUACCUUAAAAGUAUAAAGCUUUAUUCAGAUGAAAUAAAAUGCACUGCUGAAUGGCUUUGGGUCAGCGCAUUAUUUGACCAAACAUAUUUUAUUUUUCAAGAAGUUAGGAGGAAUAAAGAUUUAAAUAAAGAGGCUAAGAGAAAGUACAUAAAACAAACACUCGAAAAAACUAUUCCAACAAGAAGUACUACUCAAUCAAAUCGAUAUAAGCAAGUUUAUGAUCAUAUAAUUGAUUUAGUUACAAGAUUUGAAAGUGAGAAAAUUCCUAUAGAGAUAUGGCUUCCUGUAUUAGGCAAAAUUUGUAUCUCAUUUCGAUUCUUACAUGAAUCAAAUUUCAAAAGAAAGAAAACAUAUAAAUUAUAUGAGAAAUUUAUAAAGCUUUUAAUUUCAAAGUGUCUUAUAUCGAUUAUAAAAUUUGAGUAG